AAUUUUUGCGUUUGAGUGCUGUGGACCUACUAUUCAAAGAGUUGGCAUUGGGUGUUUUUGUCGAGGACCUAUGGGCUGACAGUUGCCUGCGAUUAUGUUACAAAAAAUUACAAAAAACAGCAAACAAUAUAACGAUCUAUCUUGAGGCGCAUAAGUGCAUGGUUCUUCAUGCAUUAUGACUCGAAAGUAAUACACAAAACCGUAAAUAAAUUAGUUUUAUCAACAUCGUAUAUUCAUAAGUCUCAACUGGGUUAUGCUAAAAGAAUUGGACUGUUGACUAUCGUAGUUAACUGAAGGCUUUCCUUCCUCGCCAAUUAUCAGCCGAUAGAAACCCUUUAUCACGAGGUCUGGUUCCUGUGAACUUUUAUUUCAUCCUAUUUGUACUCCUACAGGAUCAGAAAAGACAGCAGGCAAGGUAGAUAUCAAGGAAGGGAUCUACUUUGGACCGGAUGUCAGUUUUGAUGACCCGGAUAUCAUUUCUGGCACUCCCAUGGUGGGGCCAAAUCAGUACCCAGACGAGAGGGACCUUCCAAACUUUGCUAAUGCUGUAAAGCAAUACAGGGAUCAAAUGAAGACAGUUGGGUUCUCUUUAAUGCGUGCUAUAGCAAUGGCACUACAACUCAGGAACAAUUAUUUUGACGACAUGUUUUCUAAUCCAAGUGCGUGGAUGGCAAUGUGGUCGUACCCUGCUCACCCCGGUGAGGAGGGCAGCUCGUGGGGGGUGGGGCCACAUACGGACCACGAAGUGCUUACAAUGGUACUGCAGGAUGAGGUCGGUGGAUUGGAAGUUCAGACCCCGGAUGGAGACUGGAUAGAUGUACCUCCCAUUCCUGGCACCUUCGUCGUUAAUGUCGGAGACCCACUAGAGGCUUGGACCAAGGGUCUUUAUCGCGCAAGUAUCCAUCGUGUGAGGAGCUCUCCAAAUAAGCACAGAUAUUCAGCCCCAUUCUUUUACGGACCCAACCCUAAGUGUGUCAUCGAGCCUUUGGAUAGCGACCUGACGAGGCACCUUACCUACACCCCCGAGUUACUAUUAAAAAUGCCCUUCAGAUUUGGUGAUUAUUAUCUUGCCAAAUUCCAACAAAGUUUUGAUUGGUUUUCCAAAUAGUUAUAUACGGACGGAGUGUCUUAACAUAUCAAAUGGGGGAUGGGAGGAAGGAGAGGGGAUAUAUGUGUUAUUUUCCGGCUUGGAGGUCCGUGUAGUGGAAAACAGUGACCGACAGUUAAAUACUAUACGGAGCCACCCUAAGCCGGUAAAUAACUUAUUUUUUCCUUUCUCUCAAGCCACUUUCAUAAUUGUUUACCUUUUCAAUACAGACAUCGAUAUCAGAUCCUGUAUCGAUACCAGAAUUAGCUGCUAAGAAUUAACCUUGAUAGAAUAUUUCACGAAACAGUGGAAAGUAUUUUUCAAAAGAAAAUUGAUAGUAUACUAAUGAAAAUGCGGCACUCCGAUUGGCUAAUCCUGUCGUAGACUGUUAGCCAUUAGUUUGUUAGCUAUUAGUGUGCUGGGUUUGUCUACAAUUGCGCCGUUUCCAAGUUCUCUGAAGACCGGAAGAAAGAUUUAGAAACGUUACUAAUUAAUUCAUUUCCAAAGUAGCCCUUUCCGGGCGUUCAGUUAGUAGGGCGUGGCAUGAAAAGACGGCGGAGCGAAAAAAGCAAAGAGAAGCUUGGCGCGCUUCUCCCCUAUUUUUUCGCGCUGUGCCUCAAGUAACCCAACGCCUUGAAGGGGCUAUUUCCCAAGAAGACUGAACGAAUGACAUUUACCGUUAUGUGACUUAACAAAAAUAUAACAUCAGUUUAAUUCAAAAUUGCCACAUGUACCGAGGGUCGCUUUCGCUUUGUACGCAGCUGCAAGCUUCAAUUGACGACGCAGUACGUCUCGCUAAAUAAGCCUGUGGUUUCUUACUACUGUAAGUACUACAGGAACACAUAACUGGAAAUCAUUAUUAGACGGAAGUUUAGUUAUAGUUCUGCUUAAGUGAGAUGAUUCGCUCUUGAUUUCUAUUUUACAAAACGGCGUCCUCGUGGUUUCUAUCGGCUGCUAGUCGGCCAGGAGCAAAGCCCCGAGUUAGCUGUUCAUUAUCCACCGACCGAUCCAUCGAAAAAAUAAAUAAAUAAAAGAAACAUAAUCACAACAACAACAACAUCAACAACUAAUAAUGAUGAUGA